GGACCAGUGCACUUGUGAUGAUUCAAUUGAAACAUGUAAACAUUGUGAAUUAUCAAGAGACAUUUGUCGUUGUUCAUCAUGUACCAUGUGUUCCAUAGUUAAUUCAUCUGAUGACAUGAAAAUAACAAAAAUAAAUCAAAACAAAAAUGCUGAAAUAAAUAAUGAUCAUUCAACAUUACCAGAUAAUCGCUAUUGUCAUUGUCAUGAAAAAUCAAAACCUUAUGGAUCAGAUAAAUUGCCAUAUCAAAAAUUAAAUAUAUUUUCAAAUGUUAUGAAUGAAUUACGUCAGAAAAUAAAUGAUCGUUCAACUUGUUGCAAUGAAUGCAGUGAAAAUCCAUGUUGUUGUAAAAGAAAUUAUAAUUCUAGAUGAUCUAGACUUUUCAUGAUUUCAUUUAGAUAAUUUUUUACAAUAAAUUUAUAAUUUCAAUAAUAGAUUUUUAUUUAUUGUUAUUAUUUUUUAUCAUGGCAAUUAUUAAUUUAAUGAUAUUUUAAUUUUAUUUUUUUCAAGUCGAUUUAAAGCUGAUCAAUCCGGAAGUUAUCGUUUUCAUAAUAAGAAAAAUACUCAUCAAUAUUAAACAUUUUAUUUAAUUUUUUAAAUACCAUAAUUACGUAAAUUUAUGCAACAAAAAUAUUUAUUUCUUUUAAUUAAAACAUAAAUCAUAACGCGUAAAAAAUAACAAUUCGCAUAUUUUAUUGCUGACUGAGCAUCGAAGAGAAAAAAAAACAAACAAUAAAUUAACAACAAUAAUAUUGAAUAAAAUUUAAAAAAAUUAAUUUCCGGAGAAUUGAUACAAGUUGUCAGUCGAAAAAACAUCAUGAACUUGAUGAGUCUAUAUUCAGCAAAAAGAAUAGCAUUGAUAUCAAGUAAAAGAUUUAUUUUUUUAUCAAUACUACGUUAUUUAAUUAUCAACACACGACAUGAUAUUGUUGACAAAAACAAUCGAAUAAAUAUUGUUAAAAGUUAUGAGUUAUUGAAUUCUUAUGAUUAUAUUAUUAUUGGAGGUGGUACAGCUGGAUGUGUUGUUGCAAAUCGUUUAUCUGAAAAUGAUAAUAUCACAGUAUUACUGUUAGAAGCUGGUGAUGACGAGCCAUUAUUAUCAGAAGUACCAGUUAUUUUUCCAACUCUUCAAUUAACAAAAUUAGACUGGAAAUUUAGAACUGAAAAAUCAAAUAAUUAUUGUCGUGGUAUGGAAAAUGGUGUGUGUAAUUGGCCAAGAGGAAAAGUCAUUGGUGGUAGCAGUGUGUUAAAUGCAAUGUUGUAUGUCAGAGGCAACAGAAGAGACUAUGACACAUGGGAAAAAGCUGGAAAUCCUGGAUGGGGAUAUCGAGAUGUAUUGAGGUAUUUUAAAAAAUCAGAAAAUAUAAAUAUUGAUGAGCUAAAAGGAUCUGUAUAUCAUGGGCAUGAUGGACCAUUGAGUGUAGAAAAAUUUAGAUAUCAUGCACCACUUACAGAUUAUUUUCUAUCAGCAGGACGUGAAAUGGGUUACAAAAAUACAGACAUAAAUGGAGCACGACAAUCUGGUUUUACAUAUUCACAUGGUACCUUAAAAAAUGGUCUUCGAAUGAGUGCAGCAAAGGCGUAUCUUCGUCCAGUAUCAAAAAGAAAAAAUCUUCAUGUAUGGAAUCAUGCAAGAGUAGAGAAAAUAAUAAUUGAUGAUAAAUCAAAAAUAGCAUAUGGAGUUGAAAUAAAUUGUGAAAAAAAAAAAUAUAUUAUUUAUGCUGGUAGAGAAAUUAUUUUAUCAGCAGGAUCUAUUCAAUCACCACAAUUAUUAAUGCUAUCUGGUGUUGGAGAAAAAGAACAUUUAGAUGAAAUUGGAAUUAGGGUUAUUAAAAAUCUUCCAGGUGUUGGAAAAAAUCUACAAGAUCAUGUUGCUAUUGGAGGAAUUAAUUAUUUAAUUGAUCCACCAAAAGUAUAUGAUGAACUUUAUGGAUUUUCAUUUGUUUUACCAAAAUGUUUGACAAUUAAAUCUAUCAAAGAAUUUUUAUUUAAUCAUACUGGACCAUUGUAUGCAUUGCCAACAUGUGAAGCCAUGGGAUUCAUCAACACAAAAUUUACAAAUUAUUACAAAGAUUAUCCUGAUAUUCAAAUAUUAUUUUCAUCAGCUUCAGACAGUACUGAGGGUGGCAUUUAUGGUACACAAAAUUGUGGAUUAAAAAGUGAUAUUUAUGCAAAUAGUUAUGAAAAUAUUUUAUAUCAAGAAUCAUUUGUUGCUGUACCACUUCUUCUUCGUCCAAAAAGUCGUGGUUUUAUAAAACUUCGUUCAUCAAAUAUCAAUGAUUAUCCAGUGAUUGUACCAAAUUAUUUUAGUCAUAAAAAAGAUUUAGAUACAUUGAUUGAAGGUGCAAAGUUCAUUCAUAAAAUGAGUCAAACUAAAAUUAUGAAAAGUUUAAAUGCACGACCAAAUACAAAUGUCAUUCCUGAAUGUGCUGAAUUUUUAUUUUUAUCUGAUGAUUAUUGGAGAUGUUUAGCCACGGUUUACACAUUGACAAUAUAUCAUCCAACUGGUACAUGUAAAAUGGGAAAAGUAAAUGAUCAAAUGGCUGUUGUUGAUGCUAGAUUAAGAGUUCAUGGAGUUCAAGGAGUUAGAGUUAUUGAUGCAUCAAUAAUGCCAACUAUUGUCAGUGGCAAUACAAAUGCACCAACAAUUAUGAUUGCUGAAAAAGCUGCUGAUAUGAUUAAGCAAGACUGGACCAUUAUUGAUAAUUAUUAUCCAAAUAUUUUUGUCAAUCAUAGUAUGCCAAUUGGAAAAUUAAAAAAUAAAUUUAACAAAAAAAAAUAUUGGGAUAUUGAUAAAGUUAUCACGAGAAGAGUGUUGGCAUUUAGAAUAAUGAAAAUGACGUAUCGACGUUUAAUUUAUUAUUUAUCUUUACGUUAA